AUGGGGACUGUGAAAGUCUUCUGUGUCCUUUUCAUGCUGCAUCUGUGUUUCUUCGACUCUGGAAGAAGUGGGAAAAUACUUGUUUGGCCAAUGGACUUCAGUCACUGGAUUAAUUUAAAAGUUAUUCUGGACGAACUCCAGCUUCGUGGGCAUGAGAUAACCGUUCUAGUACCUUCGCCAAGCCUGCUGCUUGAUCAUACCAAGAUCCCCUUUAAUGUGGAGGUCCUCCAACUUCCAGUAACCAAAGAAACUCUCAUGGAAGAGAUCAAUAGCUUUAUCUAUGAAACUUCUUUUGAACUGCCAAAAGUUUCAUGGUGGUACAGGUACCUAAGGAUUGCAAAAAUCGAAAAGAGUUUUGCAAGUGCAUUGAAAAGAGUAUGUGACAGUGCUGUAAUGAAUAAGGAGUUACUCGCCAAGCUAAAGGCAGCUAAGUUUGAUAUCUGCUUUGCUGACCCUUUAAGCUUUUGUGGAGAGUUGGUGGCUGAGCUUCUCAAUAUUCCAUUCAUGUAUACUUUCCGGUUUUCUAUGGGGAACUUCUAUGAGCGAUUUUGUGCUGGACUUCCCAGCCCUUCUUCAUAUGUUCCUGGCAGCACAUCAGGACUGACAGACAACAUGCCUUUUGUACAGAGGCUGGAAAAUUGGUUACUAUAUGUAAUGUAUGAUGUGAUGCAUUUUUACUACCUAUUUCCAGAAUGGGAUGAGUAUUACAGCAGUGUUUUAGGAAGACCUACCACAAUUUGUGAGAUUAUGGGAAAAGCUGAAAUGUGGUUGAUUCGAACUUACUGGGAUUUUGAAUUUCCUCGCCCUUAUUUACCUAAUUUUGAAUUCGUUGGAGGACUUCACUGCAGGCCUGCAAAGCCCCUACCUGAGGAAUUGGAAGAGUUUGUCCAGAGCUCUGGAAAAGAUGGAGUCGUGGUAUUUACUCUGGGGUCAAUGGUCCAAAACCUCACAGAAGAAAAGGCUAACAUGAUUGCAUCAGCCCUUGCCCGGAUUCCACAGAAGGUUCUGUGGGGAUACACAGGAAAGAAACCAGAUACAUUAGGACCCAAUACAAGGCUCUAUGAAUGGAUUCCGCAGAAUGAUCUUCUUGGUCAUCCCAAAACCAGAGCUUUCAUCACUCAUUGUGGAACCAACGGGAUCUAUGAAGCUAUUUACCAUGGGGUCCCUAUGGUGGGAAUUCCCUUGUUUGCUGAUCAGCCUGAUAAUAUGGCUCGAGUAAAGGCCAAAGGGGCAGCUGUUGAGGUGGACUUGGAAACAAUGACGAGUUCAGAUCUGCUUCAUGCUUUGAAGGCAGUGAUUAACAACCCUUCCUACAAAGAGAAUGCCAUGAGGUUAUCAAAGAUUCACCACGAUCAGCCUGUGAAGCCCCUGGAUCGAGCAGUCUUCUGGACCGAAUUUGUCAUGCGCCACAAAGGAGCCACGCACCUGCGGCCAGCUUCCCACAAUCUCACGUGGUUCCAGUACCACUCCUUGGACGUGAUUGGGUUCCUACUGGCCUGUGUGGCAACUAGUAUAUUCCUGUUCACAAAAUGUUGCCUGUUUUGUUGCAGGAAGUUUGGUAAGACAGGGAAGAAAAGAAAGAGGGAGUAG